AUGCGGGACAAUUAUUCUUAAUUAGUUUAUUUCCCAUCUCACAGUAGCUGUACCAGUCCCGUAUUGUAGCCUGCAUUGAACUGUCACGCGAUAUACAAACUGGCCGAAAAAUGUAUAUUUUAUUUACGAUUGGAUUUAUAAUUAGCGGUGUGAAUUGUGCAAGUUAUCAACGGUACGGUGAAACGACUCGGUAUCCAAGUUACACGACCAUUGCGAACCUGUACAACCAAAACCAAUUCCCUUACAAGUCCAACUAUGGCAGCGAUAUUGCGUCUUUUCCGGAAGUGACCAGGUACCCAAAUUAUAACCUAGGUCGUUCCACGGGCAGUCCGAAUGUUUACACUUCGCCCGGGUCAGGGAACGCUUUCUUUCAGCCGGGUUAUACAACGCCUAGAUACGAUGCUGGCUAUGAUGGUAACUAUCAAUCAAAUGGAUACAUGGACCAGAACUAUGGACCAGUAAGUCCGUAUGAAAGACCGUUUAUGCAGUUCAAUAAUGAUUAUUGUGUGAACAGAACUCCGCAGAAUGGAAUAUGGAUUGAAAGUUUGACAGGGAUGUGGUAUGGAGUGGAAUUUAUUCAACAUUUGGCCGGUGACUCUAGAGUUGAUUAUGCAAGAUCUUGUAUUGUUAUUCAUAUAUCGGAGCCAAACGAUAGGCCGUCUACGGAGAACCAGUUAUACCAUGUCCAGGCAAUCAGUGCCAAGUUUCGCCAGGAGUACCGUCAUCUCCGCUUGCUGUGGGAUGAAGCCGGACAAACCAUUGAAUAUGCGUUGUACUUCCGCAACGAUUCCGCCGGUUACUGGCAAGCCUUCGACGUACAAAAUGGUACGCUCACAGUAAGACCAUCUUACAAGCAGUUCACUGGCACAGUACAAGUGCUGAAGGCAGUCAACGACCACCUUGUCCUCAACUUCUGCCAGGAAGCCACUGUCUCCUCUCCAGCUCAACUGUAUUCCGUGCUGUUCUCCCGCGAACCAGGUCAAAUGGCACGCUGGGAAAUUGACUCAGUACAUUCUAUGUUACAGAACAAGAAACUCUCUGUAGCUUCUAGAAGAAUGGUUUGUGGAAAUAAUGCUGCGAGGAAUGUAGUUAGUGUUCUAUCGUUGCUGUCAAUAAUUUUGUCCUAUAUAAGUCUUAAUUAAAAUAUUUUUAUUACACCAACCACGGACUAGUAUAAAAAUUAGGACUCCGUGUAGGCUUACAUAACAGUGUAGCACCAAAACAAGCCGAUUAACGUGUAAAUACAUAGGCCCAUGCACACACUUACACUACAACAGGCCGAUAGGCGGCCAUCAUAAGAAUUGUCAUCGUCUGUGACAGAUCAGUUUGCGUCUCAAUAAAAUAUUUUAAAAAUGCCGUCGUGCGUUGUGAAAAAGUGUAAAAACAAUAUUAUAAAGAAUUUGUGGAUAUAUGAUUAUUUAAGGGAGAAAAAAUUGUGUAACUAGUAUACCCCGUAACCGCACACACACUAGCAUAAAGGUGCUUCACUUGCUAAUGUCACGGCGCGGAGUCUUUCUUUUUUUUACUAGUCCGUGACACCAUCGUCAAUUUUUGUAUCAACGUGAAACCAAACAUUUGGAAGAGCAAGCUAUUAUGAUAGCUUUGCGUUUUUUAAGUAGUUUUAUUAUUACUAGAGUCUUCAAUAGUAGCAAAAAAAUGGCUUAAAAAUCUAUAGGUAAUAAUUGUCGACAAAAUUUGUUUAUACAUUGAUACUUCUUUGUCAUAUAAGAUAUCUUUAGUAGAUAUAUAGUAAUACCAUUUGAAUAAUGAAGUUUUAAUUAUUUAAGAACAACAGCCACUAAUUACUAUUCAUUCUAAUUAGUUACUUAAGUAAAAAGUUCAUUAGGCAAAUAGGGAACUUAUAAGAAGAUUCAAUAGGACUAAACUCGCGUGAAGUUUUUUUUGCAUAAAUAAGGCUAAGUGUAUACUGACGACCCAGGGCCACGCAGCACAGGGCAGAGCAGAUUUUAUAAUAUAUUAUGUACGUACUAAGAGUUACGCACGCUGAGACACAUAUUUCUGCGCAGAUUUUUCCCGCUAAUUCUGAUUUUGUUGCAAUUACAGAUCAUUUGGAAAACAAGAUUCUGUAUAAGUCUUCGUAUUGGACACUUUAUUGCUAUUAGCUCCGUUCGUCUUUGAAAUAUUCCUUGAUGAAUGUAAAAACCUAAUCUUAUUUAGUUUGAUAUUUGAUAGAUAGCAUUUGAUUCAUAACAGCGUUCAUUAUUCAUAAAAUUUUUCAACACAACAACGUUAAUUCGUUUGUAAGUAAUGGUGAAUAAUUAAGCCAGAAUUUAUAAUGACAAACGGAAUGAUGUAGAAAGAUAAAUGGAUUUAAAAUAGUUAUUCGACAAUAAUUCAUUUUCAUUUUUAUAACUGGCCAGGUCAUUGAAUUAGUGUGUUGUGAAUCUUAUUUGUAUGAUUAUAAUCAUCCAAAUUAUUCAAAUAAUAUAUUUUAAGAGUUAUAAUGAGUAAUUAAUUAUUUCCGAGAAAUUAAACGUUUUUCAUAUUAUGUAUGUUGAAUAAAAAAAAAACCAACAAGCAUCUUCUUGCCACCGCCUCAGCUUACAAAGAACUUGACCCUAAGUGUAUUUAAAUAAUUUUUAUAAAAGUGUCGCGUACUGUAAAAGCUUUUUUCGUUAUUUUAUUUUAACACCUCAUUCAAUGUACACAUUAUACUCUACAACUAGAAUAUGUUUAUUCUUUAUACAACGCAAAAGUGUUCUUGCUGUGUCGCAGCAUACGCUCGUGGCCUAUGUCUGACACUCCUGCCCUACCCUGGAAAAACUGAACUGUGCUGUGCUGCGUCACCUACGUCUCAGCCACUGACCUCUACUAUAUACCACCGGACUAGCGGCUGUCACAGUGCUUUUGUGCCUGUUUGAUAUACGCCAUUUUGGCGCUGUUGGCCAUGUAGCGAGAGUCUGCUAAAAUUAGUGAUGACAACCUCAGCAAACAUCGAUAGAUGGUGAGAAACAAUUUACAAAAAAAAAUGUGUAAAUUAUUACGUUGAUUCUUGAAUAUAAAUAGUACGGAAAGCGAACGAAAUUAAUUCAAAAUGCAAAAAUACUUCAAAAUAUUGUUCCUUCGCAGCUAUUUGUAUUAUACGUCAAAAUUACUUCUCUGGAUUGGAUUUGCUGUCAAACAUAUGAGGUCAGUGGUCUCAGAAUACUAUGACUGACGGUUCUGCCAACGUCAUGGUAUAAUUACUUACUCAAUUACAUCAUCAGGAAAUUGAUAGUUUUGUCAAAAUUGUUCGCUGUUCUUAUUUUAUUAUUUAUUUUAUAAAAUACCGGUUUUGAAUAUGAUGGUAAUAAUGUGAGAAUUGGUGUGAUUAUGGACGAAAAUUGAUGAAAGUAUUAUCGAAAUAUCAAUCGAUUAAUUUUUAUGAUAUAAGGAUAUCUUAUUGUAUAUUUAUUAUGUAUUUAAAAAGAUCUGUUAUUUAAUAAUUUAACAUGAAUAAUAAUUAUUAUUUUUGAUGUAAAGCAGCACAUUAAGUUAAAAAAUAAGAAUUUCAAGAUAAUUUCUCUAAAUUUCUUAUUACCCCAAAAAUAAUGAACUUUGUGAAGCUAAAAAGCUGCGACUGACAAUAUAAUAUCUUGUAUAGUUACGAAUAUAGCGAAUGUUAAAAACAGGAUGUACUAUUAUAUAUAUUUUGCUGCAAAAAAAGAUACUAUAUAGGUUCACGUAUAAUAAUUAUUCCGUCCAAAACCUCAUAAAUAUAUGAAGUUUUAUACUAAGAUAUUUAACUAUACUAUCAAUAUCAGUAUUUUAAACAUCUUAUAAUUUUUUGGCAGAUUUACUGAUAAAAGGCCUUAAAGGCAUUAGUUUUUUCAAAUAGUUUACUUUGGAUUUAUUUUUGUUGUCAAUACUCGUUCGACAAGUAAUGAUAAUUUGAGAGAGAACUUAUACAAUGGAAAAAUAAAAAAGGUUUAAGAAAAUGCUUGUCGCCAUAGGACCGGGAAAAAAUAUAUACUUCUAUUCUUUAAACAUUUAUCUUUCCUUACUUAUGAUUUUACGAUUAAAGCAAAUUGAAAUUGUUAAUAAUUUAUUUUACUUCUAUUAUUAAUAUACAUACAAAUAAAUAAAUAAAAAAUUAUACAUUUAGCUUUCCUUAGUUAUGAUUUUAUUAUUAAAUCAAAUUGAAAUGAUUAAAAAUUCAUUUUUGUGUUCCAGUUUCGCAAACGACGUUUGAUUUAAUUUACAGUUUUAAUAAAAUAAAACAACUUAUUAUUAUAAAUUUAAGUUAUUUCCAAUGCAUUUCAUAUUAUAAUUUAUCUAUAAGUUAUAAUUGUAUAUUUAACGGCUUAGCUCGUGAUAACAUUACACGACGUUAAUAUUAAUAGUAUUUAAGAAUACUAUUAAUAUUUUUUUAUGAUAGUGUUUUUAUCAUUGUUUAAAUAUAUAAAAUUAUAUUCAUAUUUU